AUGGCCAAACCUUGCAGAAACAUUUAUGAUGAUCCUCUUCCUAUUGCUCACGAAUUUUACCAGCCAGGAGACCUUGUAAUUGGAGAGAUGGUUUCCCAAGUCAUAUACUUCUCUAAUAUCCAGUCUUUCAGGGAACAGCCUUCACAGAUACUGAUUGAUGAACCUAUCUCCGUGCCAAAGAACUACCAGCACAUCCUGGCCUUAGCAUUUGCUGUCAAAGAAAUCAAUGAGAAUCCCAAAGUCUUAUCCAACAUCUCUCUAGGGUUCCGUGUCCUCAAUAGCUACUACACUGCAAGGAUGACCUACAAGGCCACACUCAACCUGCUCUCCACACAGCAUAGAUUUGUCCCCAACUUCAAGUGUCACAAGUGGAACAAUCUGAUAGCUCUCAUUGGAGGAUGCAUCUCUGAAAUCUCUGCCAAUAUGGCCACCCUUUCAGCAACCCACAAAAUUCCACAGCUCACAUAUGGAUCCUUUUUGGCGAUACAGGAUGCAAACAAGCUAUUCCCAUUUUUAUACCAGAUGGUCCCAAAUGAAGCCAAACAACACAUAGGAAUAGUGCGAUUACUUCAACAUUUCAAAUGGACAUGGAUUGUACUUUGUGCUGUGGAUGAUGACAAAGGGGACCAGUUUCUACAGACAAUUUUACCACUACUCUUUGAGCAUGGCAUCUGCUAUGACUUCAUAGUAAGAUUAGAAAAAUGGAAUUAUCUGGAUGAGAUGAUACGCUUGGCUUUACAGCACUGGGAAAGUUAUGCAAUUGCAUUUGAGACAAAAGCUAAUGUAUUUGUGGUUUAUGGGGAACCUCCAUCCUUUCAGGUUUUGAGAGUAUUAUCCUUUAUAGUACCUGUAAUGGGAUGGCCACCUCUGGGUAAAGUGUGGGUUGCUACAUCUCACUGGGAUUUUGAUUCAGUGUCUAUUCAGAAAGACUGGGAAAUACAGAUGUUCCAUGGUACUCUAUCCUUCACAGUCCACUCAAGUCAGCCAUUAGGGUUCCAGAAGUUCAUUCAGACGAUAAGACCCUUCUGGAACAAAGAGGAUGUAUUCAUCCAGGACGUCUGGCAACAGGCUUUCACCUGCUCCCUGAAAGCAUCUAAUGGACAGGAGGUGGAGGCUGAGCAGAAAGAACCCUGCUCUUUGGAGGAGAAACUGGAGAACCUCCCUGGGGUUUUGUAUGAAAAACACAUGACUGGUCACAGCUACAAUGUCUACAAAGCUGUCUAUGCUGUGGCACAUGCUUUGAACUCCAUAUACAAAUCCAGCUCCAAACAUAGCAGAUUGGCAAGAGGAGAGAGAUUUGCCUUUCUGAAUGUGCAACCAUGGCAGGUCCAUCCCUUUCUGAAGAGCCUUGUAUUCAACAUCAGCACUGGAGAUAUGGUGCACUUUGAUGAACAUGGAGAACUGGUUGCAGGUUUUGAUGUUACCAAUUGGAUCACUUUCCCCAAUGGCUCACUGACUCGAUUGAAAGUUGGACGACUGGAGCCUCAGGUUCCAGCAGGCAAAGAGUUAACCAUCAGUGAUGAGCAAAUUGUGUGGCAUCCAAGUUUUAAUCAGGCGCUGCCCCUUUCUGUGUGCAAUGACAAUUGCAACCCUGGCUUCAGUAGAAAAAAGAAGGAAGGAGAGAAGUUUUGCUGCUAUGAUUGUGCUCCGUGUCCAGAAGGAAUGAUCUCUAGUCAGAAAGAUAUAGACGCUUGCGUCAAUUGUCCAGAGGACCAAUAUCCCAACAUGGAUCAAACUCAGUGUGUUCCCAGGAUUGUGAGCUUCCUCUCUUACAAAGAAAAUCUGGGGAUCAUCUUAGUGGUGUUGGCAAUUUCUCUCUCUCUCAUCACAACUUUAGUACUUGGGAUUUUCCUGAAGCACAAGGAUACUCCCAUAGUCAAAGCCAACAACCGGACCCUCACCUACAUCCUUCUCAUCUCCCUCCUCCUUUGCUUCCUGUGCUCCUUGCUUUUCAUUGGACGGCCUGGAAGGGUGCUCUGUCUUCUCCGACAAAUGGCUUUUGGUCUUGUUUUCUCUUUGGCCAUUUCCACUGUGUUGGCAAAGACGGUCACUGUGGUUGUGGCAUUUAUGGCCACCAAACCAGGAUCCAGCAUAAGGAAAUGGGUGGGGAAAGGCCUGACCAAUUCUAUUGUCCUCUUCUGCUGCUUCAUCCAAGCUGCCAUUUGUGCUCUUUGGUUAAGUACUUCUCCACCGUUUCCAGAUAAGGACACACAUUCAGUGAUUGGGGAAAUCAUACUUGAAUGUAACGAGGGUUCAGCUUCCAUGUUUUACUCUGUCUUAGGCUACAUGGGCUCCCUGGCCACCGCCAGCUUCAUAGUAGCUUUCUUUUCCAGGAAACUCCCUGACAGUUUCAAUGAGGCGAAAUUUAUCACUUUCAGCAUGUUGGUGUUUUGCAGUGUUUGGUUGUCCUUUGUGCCAACCUACUUGAGCACCAAAGGGAAAUACAUGGUGGCUGUGGAGAUCUUCUCCAUCUUGGCCUCCAGUGCUGGAUUAUUGGGUUGCAUCUUUUCCCCCAAAUGCUACAUUAUUGUGCUUAGGCCUGAGCUGAACAACAGGGAGCAAAUG